AUGCUCCGCUCGCGCCUCCGCCCCCGCUGCGCCGGGCCCGGACCCGCCGCGUCCGCCCCGCGCCGCCGCGCGCACCGCGCAUGCGCCGCGCGGGGCACGGGCAGGCGCGGCCACGCCCGCCGCCGCGCGGCCACGCCCACCGAAGGGGCGGGCCGCGCCCCUCCGCGGACAAGGCGACGCCCCCUCCGAGGGAUAGGCCACGCCCUCCGAGGACAGGUCACGCCCCACAAUGCGCAUAUAGCGUUCCCCAAAGGGACAGGCCACGCCCACCAAGAGGUAGACCGCGCCCCCCCGGAAGAGCGGGUCACGCCCUCCCGACCGGACAUACCACGCCCACCGCUCAAGCCGCACCUCCCCAGGGACCGCGCACCCGCGGCGACGGCGGGGACACCCGGGGACACCUGUGUGACCAGGGGCACCAGCGUGAUCAGGGGCACCAGCGACAGCAGUGAGACCAGGGACACCAGUGACACCAGAGAAACCAGUGACAGCAGGGACACCAGUGACAUCAGUGACACCAAUGAGGACAUCAGUGACACCAGUGAGACCAGUGACAGCAGAGACACCAAUGAGGACAUCAGUGACACCACUGACACCAAUGAGGACAUCAGUGACACCACUGACACCAGUGAGACCAGUGACAGCAGAGAAACCAAUGACACCAGUGACACCAGUGUGACCAGGGACACCAGUGAGAUCAGGGACACCAGUGACACCAGUGAGACCAGUGACAGCAGAGAAACCAGGGACACCAGUGACACCAGUGUGACCAGGGACACCAGUGAGAUCAGGGACACCAGUGACACCAGUGAAACCAGUGACAGCAGAGAAACCAGUGACACCACUGAGAUCAGGAACACCAGUGAGACCAGUGCCAACAGGAACCACACCAGUGAGACCAGGAACACCGGUGUGACCAGGGACAGCAGAGACACCAGUGACACGAGGGUGACCAGGGACACCAGUGACACCAGAGCAACCAGUGAGAGCAGUGACACCAGUGCUACCACGUCCCUGCACCAGUGCCUUGCACCAGUAGCCUCCCAAUUACCCCAGCCCAGGACAAGCCUCAUGCCCCAGCAGCCCCUGCACCAUCGGAAAAGCCCUUGGAGGGGCUCAGCCAGGGGCUGGGCUGGGAAAAAAUCAAUGGCACAGAGGGAGGGAAAAGAGUGGAGCACAAAGCCCCCAGACAAGCAGAGAGGUUUAAUCUGA